UAAGUCACCGCGCAGCCGCACUGGUUCUUCCCAUUAUUGCGCAAGCGCCCUGACGCCGCCAGCCGGGUGGGAGGAAUCUUGCCGAAUGCCAGACUGGAGUUUAGGAAUUUUCUCUGGAACUGCCAGUCAGAAGCUAAUAAAGCAUUCCCCAGUAUGACACAGUCUAGGUCAAGAAAGCGUCACAGAAGUAGUGAGGAGGAUGAGAUGGAAAAUGCGGGGUUACAGCACCCGCACCCAAAACGGCACAGUGGAGAGAGAAACGACUUGAACCACCCCUGGUUACCUCAUCAUGCACUGCCAGACAGAAGACAUAACGGUCAUUUAGGGUCAGAGGACAGUUCCAGUAGCAGCAGUUUGGGCUCGCCAGCCCAGUCAACCAAUCAGCAGGCAGCUACCAGUAACAUUAGCCAAUCAGAGGCCAUCCCUCAUCAACUACUCCAUCAGCUGAGUGACAACAGCAACCAAUCAGAAGAGGAGGUUAUUUUGAAUUACUACAGCCGUAUCAACAGAGUAUUACACCAGGUGCAUAUGGAAAGGCUUCAGAGAUUGGGUAUUAGUAAUCCAGAUGGUAAUGAGGAGAAUGGUAUCAGAUAGGUGUCGUUUGACAAACCUUUAUCCUGUCCAAAGAAACUAUUGUUUUUGGGAUUAAUAUGUUCUCACAGCCCACAGUU